AUGGAUAUGAUAAAGUACAUUUUUAAGAAACCUGCUCCGAUCGUAUACAAUAUUCAGUACGUAACACAGAAAGCCAUCAAGGGCAGUGUGUUAUUUGACUAUUUGGCACAUCAACCAGUGGAAGAUUACCAACCCAUAAGGUUUGAUUUUCACGAUGAAGACAUCUUGUUCAUAAGAGAGUGCAACGUUCCUAGUCCUGAGGAAGGCCCCGAACCAAGAUCACGAUGGACGCUCGUGUUCGACGGUGCUUCCAAUGCUCAAGGACAUGGAAUAGGUGCAAUCAUCACUUCACCAAUAAGAUUUCAUCUUCCGUUUACCGCGAGAUUAUGCUUUAACUACACUAACAAUAUGGCAGAAUAUGAAGCAUGCAUCUUCAAUAUUGAAGUAACAAUCGACUUAAGGAUCAAAAUACUUGAGGUUUAUGGAGACUCAACUCUCGUCGUUAGUCAAGUACGGGGAGACUGGGAACCCCGUGAUCACAAGCUAAUUCCUUACAAAGAACACAUUAUAAAAUUGAUUCCCUGCUUUGAUCAAAUCACUUUUCAUCAUAUUCCAAGGGAAGAAAAUAAAUUAGCAGACACUCUGGCCACUUUAACAUCCACGUUUAAGGUCAAGUGGAUGAAUGAAGCUCCUUCUAUCCAUAGUGAGCACCUGGAUGAGCCUGCAUACUGUUUUGCAACCAAGGAAGAGUUAGAUGGAAAACCUUGGUACCACGAUAUCAAGACGUACCUUGAAAAACAUAUGUACCCUAAAAUUGCAUCUAUCACAGAUAAGAAGGCUUUGAGAAACUUUUUAUCCAAGUUCUUCUUAAAUGGAGAUGUGUUGUAUAAGCAAAGUUAUGAUUCGGUCCUGCUCAGAUGUUUGGAUAGACACGAAGCAGAGCGAAUUAUAACAGAUGUGCAUGAAGGUUCCUUUGGAACAUAUUCCAGUGGGCAUUCAAUGUCUAAGAAGAUCCUCAGAGCGGGAUAUUACUAG